AUGAAGUGUAGAAGUACCUUCGUGCGACGCGAUUUAUUGCUUCGACAUGACCGAACGGUGCACGCCAAAGAUGGAGGCAUCCCUCUUCACAGCGACGUAAAGCGACGAGCGGGUCCCAAGCCCAGCCCCAUGGCCGGCCCUUCCAAGACCGCCAUCUCCAUCGAUACAUCGGCCCUCGAGCAGAUUGAGGCGAGCAGCGAUGGGUUGGUUGAUCUCGAGACGGCCGCAAUGUUGAUGACCGACCUUCACCACAAAGCAACUGCAGCGAUGCGCACCGCAGGCGUUGGCCCAUAUGAGAAUAGACCUGGAAUGGCUUUCCCUCACCAUGGUGCCGCGCUCAUGGAGCCAUUGACCGGAGCCAUCUCGCUCCCGCAGGUGCAGUGGGAUUCGUUCAUGCCACAGUCUGUCACGGAGCCCAAGUCUCACUCCAUCACUUCGACCGCCUCGGGAUACCAAGACUCGCAGACUUCGUUCACGAGUGGAAGCACGAUGCAACCGCAUCCCAAUCAGCUGCCACCCAUCAACAAAGCAGCAGCUUCCGGUUACAACGGUCUUGUGCCUGCCUUGCAAUCGAUGAUUGACUCAUUGCCUCCAUCGGGUACCGCCACGCCAAGUCAACAGUCUCCGUCGCAACCCCGCAGUGGCGAACAGUCACCCAAAGCUCCACAAGUAUUGAGCGACGAUGAGCGCAAUAUCAUCCUCGACAAUAUUCGCAACAAUGAUGGCGAACGUGCUAUUCCUGAGAGCUUCCGACUACCUGGUCUGGCAUCAUUGAACAGGUAUCUGGCGACUUACUUCGGUCUCUUCCAUCAUCACCUACCUUUCUUGCAUCCGGCAUCAUUCAAGCCAACUGAGGUGUCACCUCCCCUGUUGCUGGCUGUUCUGUCAAUUGGUGCAUUGUAUGCUUUCGACCAAGAUCAAGCUUAUGUGUUGCACAUCGGAUCCAAGGUGCUUGUCAACCAGUUCUUGCAGAAUAAGGAGAACUUUAGCUCACGCAAAUGUCCUCUCUGGACCAUGCAAAGCUCUCUCUUGAACAUGAUCUUUGCAAGCUGGAGUGGUGAUCCAAAGGGUCUCGAAUGGGCUUGCUCCAUCAAGAGUCUUCUGGCCAACAUGGUCGCUGGCAAUCGUUAUGAGCUCAAGCUUCGCACCGAGGCUCGUGAAGGUGCUCAACCUACUCGUGCUGAAUGGGUCGAGGAUGAAGGCUGCAGACGCACUUACUAUGCUGUCUACAUCUUCUUUGGUCUCCUUACCUUGACCUACAAUCACACUCCUGCGAUCAGCUUCAACGAGUUCGAAGACCUACAGUUGCCAUCUACUGAAGCAAUGUGGAAUCUCAAUGUUGUUGAUGAGAGUACUUGGCCAGAACACCUCAAGUCUUCUGAAGCCCCGUCCUUCAUGGAAGCUCAUGACAAUCUCUUCCAAGGAGAAUCAUUACGGUACAGCGCAUUCGCCACUCGCGUUAUGAUCAAUGCACUCUUCCUUGAAGUGUGGUAUCACAAGCGCAGCCCAGAAGCUCUUCAGGAUGUAGUCACGGAAUACAAGCUUCGCUUAGCUUUGGAGACUUGGGAGAAAUCUCUCAGCUUGUGUGAGCCUGAGCAGGUAGCUGUACCUCUUAGCGCUCCCCACAAGGGUCAUCCUUUGAUCUUUAAUGCCAUGGCCAUGUUCCGCAAUGCCUGGGCUCGUCUUGAGGUUGAUCUCAAGUCCAUUCAAGAGGCUCUUCGAUACCAUGAUCCGUAUGAGGUUGCCGCAGCAAUGUCCAAUGCUCGGGAUAAGGUCAAGAGAUCCAGCGAAAUGAUCAAGGUCAUCCAAGAAUGCUUCAACUGCAUUGAGACUGCCGCUUUGCAAGGCAUCCGCUGGGUGGCACGCACUUCUGCCACCAACUGGAGCAUCGAACAUCCACUUUGUGGUCUUGAUUUGAUGGUCAUCCUGAGCUUGUGGCUCUAUCGCCUGGAACAUGACGAGGAGCCUGCAACUGAGGAGGAAAUGACCAUGUACAACAAGAUCCGCAACUUGUUUGAUGAUGAUUCUGUUGAGAUCUAUGGGAACAAGCUCAGCUCGACCGUUGCUCGUCUCUGGGGUGGAAUGCUGGACGAGGUUGUCGUUUGGGGCAUCACCAAGCUCAUGGGCGAGUCCUUCCGCCUUCAUGCUCAAGCCCUUGUCGGCUAUGAGGAUGAUAUCGAAGUCUCCGACGUCUCAACACCCUCCAUGAUCUCUCAAGGCGCCGACGACAACGAAGACAGCGUGUACUAA